AAUUGCAUACAGAGAAGCGCCAUUGGUGAGGCCACUCGUUGCGGGGACGUUACCGAAAUAGUGUGAAACAAAUGAUUUGCUUAUAUAUGAACGUCUGAGUCCCUAUCAGUGGCAGCUGGGGAAAACCCCAGCAGCAGCGGCAGGGAAACUGGUCUCGGUGGUGGUCUGAAGUUUUGUGUAGGACUAGCACAGAAAGGGGAUGGGGGAACGGAUGUUAAGCAUCAGAAAAAACAGCACUGAGGAAGGAAAGUGGAUAGCCUAUAUCUCGACGUUUGUAGACGGCCUACAUGCUCGUUGGGAAUUGCAUAGGCGUUAUGCUCCUUUAUUAAUUAAAGUUAUUACUAAAGCGUUAAUAUUGUUCAUUUUAUUGUUAAAAAUAUUGUUAAUAUUGAAGCGAUUUUCUACACACAGUUUAGCGAGUGGGGCUAAUUGAGCACAUUAAAAUGUACAUUUCCCAAUACGUGUAUUGAUAGGUUGUAAUCAGAGCCGUUGCCUUGUGUUCAUGUCGAUUUGUUUUUCUAUGUAACCGCCGUUUUCGUUUUACGGUUAGUUAAACCAGUUACCACUUGCGUCGGAAUAGAACGGUACGUUUUAUUAUGGCCGAUUUGAUUGCGACUUCGAAGUGAUCGAAUACUAAGAUGAAGAUUAUUUUUGAAACAUAUUUUUCUCAUUCAUAACGGCUAUACUGAAUUUUCUGGUUUUUCAGCAAAGCAAUUUUUCGUUUAACACGAGAGAUAUAUUUACCAGCGUUUCUGGAGUUCGUAAGCAAAUAACGAAUUAUAAUGGCUGCAACAGGCCAUAUGAUCACGGUCAAACCACUUCAAAGUGACUUAUGUAUUCAAAUUUGAUUUUACCUACGUCAAGUUGGUGUUAAAACAACGGUAUAUCUAUCAAAAACGAAGUCGCUAAAUUUGGAGGGGUAAUCUGCAGAUCCUGUGUUGCAGGUAAUCGCUGCGUCCUUCCAACUAACAAGUAAGAGGGAAUGAGAAUUCUACUGCAAUACUGAUUAAUAAGACGAAUUGUAACGGAAUCAUUCGUUCACAUCAUCAGCCUAGAUGUACUCGACGUGAUGUGCUGAACCGUAAGCAAAAAGAAUCAAAUUUGGGGUAUAAGUGGGGUUUCCAUUGUGUUAUAUUCUCGGUCAUCACUUUUCGCAACCUUUUCCAUUAUUGCUGAUGCUACUGUAGAAGUGCGUCGUGGAUAAUCAGACGGAACGCUACGUGAUUUGUCGUUUCCGUUUUGUUGUUGCACCUCGGCGGUGCAACCACUCGUUAAUAGCAUCGCAUUCUGGUUGUCGUCAUCGCCGCCACUGUUUCUGCUGUUGAUCCCGCUUUUUUGAGAAAGCUGCGAGUCGCACUGGCCGCCCCCGCUGGUGGAGAAGGGGGCGGGGGCUCGGGAGGUGCUGCUGCCCCCGGCGCUGGGCACAGUGGCCCUGGAGGUGGUGCAGCUGCAGGCGCCGGUGGAAACGGUGCCGGAGGCGGCGGCGGUGGCGGAGCCAGGAUGGAGUGGGGUGAAGAAGGCGACAGUCUGUCGUUUGAGGACAGCGAACGAUUUGAUGAAGACUCGCUUUGUUCAUGGAUGUCGGAACGCGAGUCGAUUUGCAACCACUGGCGUGGCUGGAAGAAACCGUCGCCACCUUCGCAGACCACCGCGUCGGCCAAGUAUAACUAUAGCGGAAAUGGUAAAAAUGAAUCUUCCUUGAGCGGCGUCGUGACUUCGUUAGUAGAGCUCUCAGCCCGCGAGGUAGCGGCCCAUAUCCCCUUCGAGGUUGUUGAGCAUGUAUAUCCUCCAGUACCGGAGCAACUCCAACUUCGUAUUGCUUUCUGGAGCUUUCCGGAAAGUGAGGAAGAUAUCAGGCUUUACUCAUGCUUAGCAACUGGCUCCGCUGAUGAGUUUACGAAAGGCGAGCACCUUUUUAAAACCAAGGCCACCCGUGACCUUCUUCAGAUAGGGUUCCAUUUGAGUGCCACGGUGAAACCUUCGGGCUUGGGCAGUGGCGGUGGCCAAAGUGGGUCGAAAAGUCAGCAGACUCCUGCCGCCAAUCCGGCAACGAAGAGUUCACAGUUCAACGUCGCUGUUACGUUCGACCGGCGCCGUAUCACCAGCUGUAACUGCACCUGCGUAUCAACAGCGUCGUGGUGUUCACACGUUGUAGCUGUGUGCCUGCAUCGUAUCCAUCAACCGACGACAGUGUGCCUUCGAGCUCCCGUUUCCGAGUCGCUCUCACGACUGCACCGCGAUCAGCUGCAGAAAUUUGCGCAGUAUCUCAUCUCAGAGUUACCCCAGCAGAUAUUACCAACGGCACAGCGACUCCUUGACGAAUUGCUGUCGAGCCAUGAGACAGAUAUUAACACGCUCCGAGGGGCGCCUGAUCCCACAGCCGGUGCGUCUGUGUAUGAGCAAACGUCGUGGUGUCUCGAUGAAGGCACCCUGCAUGAGAGUAUUCGUAAGAUCCUGGUCAAGCUCUCGAUGCCGUCGCCAAUUGUGUUUUCCGAUGUCAAUUUCUUGUCAUCGACGUCUCCGCCAGCAGCAUCGGAAUGGCAAAGUCUCCUGCGGCCACUACGCGGUCGUGAACCGGAGGGCAUCUGGAAUUUGUUGUCAAUCGUUCGCGAGAUGUUUCGACGGGCCGAUCGCAACGCGGUCCCUCUGCUCGAACUCCUCACGGAGGAAAUGCUCGCAUGUGAGCCAAUUCUCAUGUGGUGGUUCAACACGAAAGUGUCGAUGCAUACUGGAUCUACCGGUAGUCAAGGCCAUCGUUCUUCGAACAACAACGGGGUUUCGCAUUCGACAUCGCAGAGCUCACAGCAUACAUGCGCGUCGUUGUGCGAUGAAAUCGUUGUGCUCUGGCGUCUGGCAGCGUUAAAUCCUGCCUUGUCACCGUUGGAAAAAACGACUUUCUUCGAUCAGAUGUGCCAAUGGCACUGUCGUGUCCUCGAGUCAGUCUUCAGAUCGAAGAAUUCUCAAGGUGGAAAUGCAGGCAACAACAAUAAUAAUAACAAUAACGGGGGCACGAAUAAUAUGACCCUUAACAAACGGUGGGCAGAUAUCGAUGUGUUUCCGGGCUUCAAGCCGGCUCUUGAGUCGUGCUUGUUAGACUGGCUUGACUAUCCUAUUCCAAGCAUCACGUAUAACGAGGGUGGUGCAUGUCGUUUCUACUCGCCGUAUAUGCAUCUGCGAUUAGCGGAUCACUCACAGUCUGGCAGUAAGGGUCGACCUGUUGAAAUAGGACGCAAGUCGCCCUACAACGUGCCCACCGUCUCAGGGCCAUUCGACACUUGCCUGAGCUCUACGCGCAGCUCUCUUAGCUCCGAAGGCUUUAACGAAAAUCUUGGCAACAAUAACAACAACAAUAUCAACGUAAACAACAACAAUAAUAAUAACAACGAACCGAGCGGCAGUCAACAUGUUCAGCCUACGCAGGCAGGCGCAGGAAAUAACAACAACAAUAAUAAUAACAACGUGUCAGUUGAGGUCGCCGAGGCCAGGGAUGAGAGCGGGAACUCAGGCAAUCCAGAUGUGCCAGGCUUUUCCCGACCAACUGGGACAAAUGUCGCUGGCGGUGGAGCUGGAGCCGUCGGAGUGGCUGCCCUUGUUGAGCCGGCCGUCCCCAAUCCUGCGGCUGCGAAUCCGCCAGAUGACGAGUACCAGAUGUACUAUUAUGAUGCUGCCCAGGCACGCGCCGCUGCACAACAGAACUACGGAAUGCCGGUCGCACAGAAACCGAAUCCAAUACCUGAGCCGUCCGAGUUGUCUAAGCAAAUUAAAAAAAUGGAGGACCGUUUAGAAAUUCUGUUUGCGCGAGCCGAAGCGCUUCAUGCCCAUGGCCACACGCAGGAAGCAUGUAAGCUCGCCUUCCGUCUGGCCCAGGAACUACUGGCAUCUCCGCCUUCUUUUGACAUGGAUCAACCGACGGCGUCCCUGUCAUCGACUACUUCCGGAGGAAAGGCAAACAACGGUGGCAAGCGGGGCCGAGGGAAGUUCAACCCCGCCUGUCACCAGGCAUCGCUCUUAGCGUCGGCAACUCUGUCUAAAGCCGCUUUUCUGUGCCAGGUGUUAGGGGAGAACCACACCGAUCAUCAUUAUUUGGCGUUCCGCAUAGGAAUCUUCGGUCUGGAACUGGUACGGCCACCAGCGUCGACGAAGCCGUUGGAAGUGCGUCUUGUCAACCAGGAGCAAGAUCUGGUCACUUUGCUCAAGAAGAUCCCGCUUGGCCAUCCUGAGAUGCACGAAUUACGGGAAAGGGCGACCGCUUUAAGGGAGCGUCGCCUUGUAUCACGCGGAGAGGCUCUCCUGCCCCUCAUGCUGGCGUCGUAUAUUUUCGAUGCCCUGGUGCUCUCCAAGGAGCAGCCAGGUUCGUCUGGAAAAAACUCUUCCUCUUAUAGUGGGGUUGUGUGCCGUCAUCGUCUGGGAGGCGAUGAGGAACUCGGCUUUGACGCCGCUGUUGCCGCACUCGGAUUAAAGGCCAACGUGUCCGAGGCGGAGCAUCCGCUCCUCUGCGAAGGCACACGAAGACAGCGCGGCGAGUUAGCUAUUACACUACUGAUGCAUUAUAAGGAUGACCAGCACAAGCUGGCCUUGAUUAUGGACAAGCUUCUGGAUAAGGAGGUACACCAAAUGUAUAAGAACCCUCCUAGCACCCUUACAGCCUCACUUUAUGGAGCGGGCGGCGGCAGCAGCAGUGGAAGCGGCACGAAAGAGACAACUGCAGCUACGCCUCAAGCGUCAGCGACAUCGGAGGAGCAUGCCAGUGCGUCCUGGCGACGAGGACCGGAGGACGAAGGCGCCAACAGCCCACCCUCCGGUUGGGAGGAAGACUAUAAGGCGUGGGAAGCGAAAUUCCGUUGCACGAACUUCAAGGCAAUGUUCCGACGGCAUCAUUCGUCAAAUGGGAUGGCAUCCAUCGAUUCAUCAGCUCCGGAGACGACUUCGUCAGACAACUCACCUACGUUGAUCCGACGAAGGGUAGCAGCCCGUGCGGCUGCCAUGGAAAGCAGCGAUUCGGGCUCUAGUGGCGAGAGCAGCGAUAGCUUCGCCUCCUCGUCUUCGGGGGACCGAAACAAGGGGAAUCCGAUGUUUCACGCAAGUGGCGCAUCUACAGGUGGUGCGGGACCCCAGCCCACGCCGGGACCAUCUGGUCUCGCUGGGGCCGGCGCCCUGACCACUGCCCCAAAUUCCAACCUUGUCGUGAAUGCCACCCAGCAGCAGCAGCAGCAGAGGGACAUGAAUUUGGCGAGUGCUGCAGCAGCAGCAGCUGCCGCCGCUGCCGCAUCAGGGGUGGGUUCACCUGCGGUUGGCCCAAACAUAUUUGCUGUCGAUGAAUUUAACCCGACAAUGGUGGCCGGGCCCUCAACCAUAUUCACAAUGGACGAGUUUAAUCCAUCCAAUAUACAGAUGGUACAGACGCAACAACAGCAGCAACAACAACAGCAGCAACAACAGCAACAGCAGCAGCAGCAGCAGCAGCAGCAGCAACAACAACAACAACAACAACAACAACAACAACAGCAGCAGCAGCAGCAGCAGCAGCAGCAGCAACAACAACAGCUUAAUCGUAACCAGCCGCUGGUGACACAAAUGAAAAAUAUCACCGUGAAUAGCGGGCAGGCUAGCCAGAAUGGCGCCCGGGGCGGAUUCAAGGGUGGAUCGAAAAGAAGUUUCCAUCCGAGCAUUCCCAAUCAACCAUCCGAGGCGUCUGCGCAUUUUAUGUUUGAGCUAGCAAAGACUGUCUUCACGAAAGCGGGUGGUAAUAAUUCUAUGGCCGUCAACUUCACUCAGCCAUCGUCGUCACAAAAUCACCGAGGUCCACACCGUGCACUUCACAUGUGCUCGUUCCAGAUCGGGCUGUACGCACUUGGUCUUACCAACGCCGUCUCACCCAACUGGCUAUCAAGGACGUAUUCAUCGCAGGUAUCCUGGAUCACUGGGCAGGCCAUGGAGAUCGGCUGUUCGGCAAUCCUUUUCUUGAUCGAAACCUGGGAAGGUCAUCUCACCCCAACCGAAGUGGUUACCCUGGCUGACAAAGCGUCCCGCGGCAGGGACCCUUCAAUGCAGCGCGCCUGUGCUGAGUUAGCGCUCUCGUGUCUACCACAUGCGCAUGCCCUAAACCAGAAUGAAAUUCAGAGAGCGCUUCUACAAUGCAAGGAGCAGUCGGCCGACAUGCUGAAACGGGCGUGCCUCACAGUGGAACAAGCUGCUCAGGGUGGCGGCGUGAUUCCCGAAGUGCUAUUCGAUGUUGCCCGUCGCUGGUACGAUCUCUAUGAGGAGGGCCUUGGCGACCGGCCAGCUUCGCCUCCUCCGCCGCAACGCCAGCAGCAUCAACAUCAACAGCAGCAGCAGCAGCAACCGCACCAGCAUCCGGCCCUGCCACCUGCCCCUCACCCGGCGGCGUCGCACAAUCAGCACGGCGCUAUGGAGCAGGCGCCACAUAUGUUCGUCGACCAGCCAGCCAUGCAGAUGCCACCCUCACUUCCCACGUAUCCUCACACAACGUAUAUGCCACCGCCGCAACAUGGCAGCCCAUACUCGCCAUAUUCGAUGCCACCCCCGUUCGUUGUACCGGGUGCGAUUCAUCCGGCAUAUCUGCCACAGUACCACCCCACCUAUCCGCCGCCGCCCCAAUCGUUCUAUCCGGGCACCCCAACUGGCCCUCAAUAUCAUCCACAGCCGCAGCAAGCGACUCAUCCGUCGAGGCCUCACGUGUUACCACCUCAUCCGCCUCAUGCACCACCCCAUCAUGGGCCACCGCCGUUGCUGGCGCCCCUCGUGGCCACACCUCCACCAAAUUCCCAGGCCCCUCCACCUCAACAGCCGCCACAGAAUCAGACGUCGCCUGAUGCACUGAAGUAUCUUGUGUCUGCGUACCGGGUCGGUUUAAUCGCUAUGGACUUGCUGGCUAAAAAGAUUCACGAUGAGCGAAUGCAAGCGAAAUACGCGCGUACUCCGUCAUACGGGGAAGACGUUAAAUGGCUUUUAGGAGUUGCCAAAAAAUUAGGCACGUCCUGUCUGCAGGAAUUCUGUGUCUGCGUCGUCAACUCUGUGGCCUCACCAUUCGUCCUCUACGAUAUCAUAACAGAGAUAGCACAGUUCUUAGCUAAAAAUCAACCGGGAGGGCCGUCACAUCAGGUGAUUCGUUCACCCCUGCUCACGCCGCUCAUUCAGAAGUGCCAGCAGAUGUUUAUCGCGUGUAUUCACGCUAAACUCUAUCACAUUUCGCCGGCGGAGUACGAUGACUUCCUCUCAAUAAUUCGUUCCGCUCGUCAGGCGUUCCAGCUGAGCCCCGCUGGACUCGUCCAAUUCAGCGAUCAUCUGCAGACGUUGCGCCGAUCAAAAAGCUGUAAAAAAGAUCUCUGGACAAGAAUUGUUUCCGCCCAACAACAAAUGAAUCAGCAGAGCCUAUGAAAGGGUUAGCCACUCAGAAUAAAUGAUGCCAUCAUACAACUGGCGUCAUCCGACAUGCCCCGGUCAUGUAGUUAUCAGCUAUGACAUUUGCAGCAGGAACUACGGGGGCGUCGCAUUGGAAUGGAGAUCUACAAGUCAUCGACUCAACAUCCCGUUCCAAAAGUGAGAGAUAGGGCAUGAUUUAUUAUAUCCGAAAUAGGUUGAAAUGAAAGUGAAUCCCAUGCUUCGCUGGUCGGCCCUCAGGACGAUAAUUAGAACAAAAGGCUACAAGACGACAAAAAAUCAUAUUUGAAGCCGAAGCACAGAGGCCAAACAAACUGACGUUUAACAAAUCAACAAUCGCCAAGCAACCUUCGAGUUUGCUCAUGCUACUGAUGAUCACGAUUGUGGAGUCGAUGCUCGAUGAUUAAAGAGGUAGCUGUUGAAAAGCACCGCAGAAAUAAGGUGAGAGGUGUUGUCAGAUGUAGCGCUCAACACGGUCAAUUAAUAUUAUUUCCUAUAUAAUUCAUCGUGUUUCCUCGACUGUUCAGAUUAGACGAAUAUCCGCUGCAAAAUCUUGUUUCGAAACAGCCGAGGCCGACGCCCUCCCGACGGGAGACUAGUGAAAGCGUCAACUAAUCGAAAGUUUCUACUAAUUAUUAUCACUACUACUGAAUGUCAAAUGUUUCUCAUUUGCUGAUCUCAAUUCAUAGACGAUACACGUUUACGCAGAGAGAGUGUGUGUGUGCGUGUGUGAGAGAGAGAGAGAGAGAGAGGGGGCGAUGAACAUAGAUACACUCGAACACGCGCAGACACGGCUAGCGAUAGCAGCAAAUCGUUCAGGUUAUCAUGAUCAUCAUGAAGAACAACACCAGCAACAACUAUCAUAAUAAUCAUUACAAGACAAUUUGAAGAAAAUAGUAAAACAUUUUGUAAAAAACGGGUCAAUGGCAUAAACGAACUUGCCAUCUUUGAACCGCUCAGAGUAGAAAUAGGCGUUGCUCAGAACUGAAGGUGGAAACGCAUUUUAUUUAUUUGCAUGACGAUUCAACAUGAGAGGAAAGGAAAGUGACAGAGGAAGAAGGGCUAAGGACGAUUCAUUAGAAAGGAGUGACAUGAUCAGGGAAAGACAGAAUGACGUAGAAGUGAUCAGUUUACGAGAUGGUUUUGAAGUGGCAAUUUACCUUGCCUCCUACAAGUCCCUGCUUGAUUUACCUUUUUCGUCUUGUAAGUCCUCGACAUGAAGUUGGGCGAGUUCAACGUUUGGCAAGAGUCGGGAGACGGGAAUACUAUUAGCUAGUUGGUUGAUGAAGCGUGUACUCUUACCCUCUCUCGUCGAAGUUGAUUUCAUCGUGAGCGUGGCUGUUUAUGCUGGGUAUAACUAGAAGGCAAGGGGCGAUAAACGCGAAGUAAAGGAAAAGGGAGGACACUAGAGACCAGCGCUACGCUGUUGAACAGUACGACGUUUUAGACCUCGAUUUUCUCUCGCAACUGUGAGAAAUGUAUUAUUUUACUAAUGAUACAGUGAUGAUAUAGUGGCACCCUUGAUCUCUAGUUUAAUCAGUAAAUCAGUCAGUGUUUGUCUCUAUAAAUAUUUCGUGGUAACCAAAUGGAUGGAAGACAUAAAAUUGGAAAAGGCACCAAUUUGAGCUUGAUGGGAGAGAGAAGGGUUUUAGAAGAUGACUAUGUAGAGAAAACAGACGUAACUAGGGAAAAAGAAAAAAAUACUUGUGGGUUGGGCCGAAAUGCGAUUUAUGAUUACAAUAAUGGCGAUAGUAUUGAUAUUGGCGAUAUAUAUAUAUAUAUAUAAAUAAUUGUGUAAAGCGUCCCUGUACAUAGUGAUAUACAUACAUAUAUA